GCGGACUCUUCAAAUAGUUCUCUGUACAUAAGAUCACACCAAGAAGGUAGGUCGAGGAGCUGAUAUUUACGGGGUGUGUCCGGUGGAAGGGACCGUAAUGUUAAGGCAGGUUUUUCAAGUCCUUCACUCUGCUGAAAAGACGCACCUGUGGCUCCGUUAGUCCACUCAGAUAGCGGACAGAGGAGACAGCGGUCAUGGCAGCUGCCACAGCUCAGUCGAUGGGGAAUUUGCCCAGUGGCCUGGGGAUUUGCACCACGGCACCAGAUAUAUUCUAUUUACCUGAACUGGUGUUUGGGGGUUUGGUGUGGAUCCUGGUAGCCUCCACACGCGUGACGCCAGAGAAUCCCCUGGGCUGGGUGAUGUUCGUCUCCGUCUUCUGUUUCGUUAUGACCUUCCUCUGGCUCGUCAUCUUCGCCUGUGGAGGGCACAAGAACAGUGGGGGGUGGGCCACGGCGGACUUUGUGUAUCACUUUCUGGCUGCUCUGUUCUACCUGAGUGCCUCAGUUCCUCUCGCCAAGGUGACCCUCGAUAUGAAAGAUGGCACCAACUUCAAGUACUAUCAGAUCGACAUCGCAGCAGUGGUUUUCUCCUACACUGCCACACUCUUCUACUUCAUCCACUGUAUCCUCUCAGCAAUAAGGUGGAAGUCUUUCUGAUCAGCAUUGCAAUAUUGCUCUUAGCUUGAAAAAAAAACUCUACAAAACUCAGAACUCUGGGGGAAUGAGAAGAAUCUCAAGUCAGUCCUGGAAAAGAUUGCUCACUCUGAAUUCUACAAAUCUGCAAAUCAAUUCCAUCAGCGGCUUAGAGAGCACUGUUUGUAUUAUACAUAUUCCCAAACAGAUAUAGGCCUGCAAACAUAAAAUUGUUAAUACACAAAUGCACUGUAAAAAUAUCUGUAUAUUUUCUGUUGGGCGUAUAUUUAACACACACAAACACACACACUGUCACUGAAUAAUUUUUUCACCUGUUUUUAUUAAGCAUAUUCUUGAUGGAUAGUAAAAAGAACAUUUAGAUUUUUAUAAUCAGAUUUUUGUAAAAAAGAAAAAUGACACCCAGAUAUGGCACUUGACUAAACUGAACUUUUAUAAUGUCAAUCUUUAUACUGAUGGGGUUUGUUUUAUACAUUUGAACUGUUGGGUAUGCAUUUUGUCAGAAAUAUGCUUAACAUUAUGUUUUAAAUAAAGAAUAUUCACUGAAG